UAGAAUCAUACGUUGGGCGUAUCUUUUAUCUUGUGGGAAGUACUUUUUAGUUAUUUUGUGCAAUAGCUACGCAGAAAUAUAUCAUUCGCAGAAUUGUCGUGGUUGUGUGUUCACCUUAACAGUAGCCAGGAACUGUGUCUGUGAUCACAUCAGAUGGCAGAAUGAUAGUGGGGACACUGAAAGGAUUCGAUCAAACAAUCAACCUUAUAUUAGAUGAAAGCCAUGAGAGAGUGUACAGUUCACAGCAGGGAGUGGAGCAAGUGGUAUUAGGCUUGUACAUAAUCAGAGGAGACAAUGUGGCUGUAGUUGGAGAGAUAGACGAUGAAGCGGACAAACAAGUAGACUAUGUUAACAUCAGGGCAGAACCUCUUAACCCAGUACAACAUUGAUACUAAAUUAUCCUAUAAGAUUUACUGAUGUCAUGCUACCUUUUGAGGAGAUCCUUCCGUUUUCUAACGUCACCAUGAAGUUUUAGAAACAAAUUGUUUGACCGUAGCCUGAAAAAUAAGUGGCAGACAAGUGAGAAUAGAUGGAAAGGGUUGUGCCUCAGCGGUAUGAAAUGGAAACAAAAUAAUUAUUGUAGCCUUUGCCUGAUGCAGUGUUCGAGACUCAUAGUGCUACAACAUAUUGGGAUUCUGCCAGUACAGCUAGUAUUCUUUUAAAGAAAUGUUUAGUUUUCAAUUUUUAAUUUUGUCAUAAGUACAGUUGGGUUGCAGCAUUGCACAUAUAUUAAUUGAUCCAGCUUAUGAAAAAAAAAA